UAUUGACGUCACGCGGAUCCUCAUUUGUCGCGUUUUAUUAUAUACCUGUUCGUAUUUUCACACCUUUAAGCUGUUACUCGAUAAUGAUGACGAUUGGAAUUGUUAAACGAAUGGAUUCUAUUUUUCUGUAAUAGGAUGUGUGGCUUUACUUGUUUUGAAUGAAUUACAACAUGCACGUGAUUAUAUAACACCUUAUUUUAACAAGUACGGAUUUAACACAUUUGGUUUAAGAAAUAUGACAUAUUAAGUCAUAAGUAAAUGCAUAACAUAUCAUGCUAGUAUUAAACCCGCGACCUUAGGUUAAGCGCGAAUGACAUUUGAAACUGAGAACAGGAUCGUUUACCUAUUGUUCAAAUGUUACCAGUGUGCUGUAAUGCAUACAGAAGUCAAUUACAGCAUUACUGACAUCGAGAUGUCGUGUUCACCUCAGUGUUUUGACUAGACUUAUUGUUGUACAGAGAUCUCUAAUAGCAAUUGCGCCGUUUAUUUUCGUCUUUUCUCCGUUUAGUGUUCCGUAAUCAAUUUAUCGUCUGGCGUGAAUGCAGGUUGGCGCGGUUUUUCUUGUGGGAUAAUUCUGUGAAAUCAACAUCUGUCGUCUGCAGUUCUCGCGUGCACCUUAUAACAAAUCUGUUAGUUGCAGAAAAUCAAAAGACACCAUUAAUCGUCUGCUUGGUAACACCGUGCUUGGAUAUAAACACAUAAAAAGGGAUUAUAAUAAACUUCGUGUACCCUACAUCGAUCACAGUACGGGUUCCAAAAUGGCUAUGGAUGAAAUACACGCAGAAUUAGGAGGAAAAUGGAAACUGGAUAGGAGUGAGAAUUUUGAUGAGGUCCUGAAGGAAUUAGGGUUGAAUAUAUUGUUCCGGAAGAUGGCUUCUGUGGCUAAACCUGUUAUUGAAUUCACAGUAGAAGAAAAUAUUGUAAAUCUUAUAUCAAAAGUCAGUUUUUUCAAUCAAGUCAUGGAGUUUAAAUUAAACGAAGAAUACACACAAAGCUUCGAGGGAAUUGAUAUGAUCUGUUUUUCAAGAUGGGAAGACAAAAAACUAAUAACGGAAGCCAAGCCCGCUGUGGAGGGGAAAGGAAAGCCUCAAAGAUUCCAAAGGGAGAGAAUCAAUGACGAAAUAAUACAGACGAUGACUGUCGGUGAUGUGGUUUGUACAAGAGUAUUUACAAAGAUGAAUUGAAGCGGGAGAGAUAUUUUCAACAGAAACAACAGAGUUACGUCCACUUGAUGUGUAAAUACAACUUAUCUCGCCUACUUCAUCUUGCCAGACAGUUCUCAAUUACCGACAUCUUACAAGUAUUUCUGUUGUGUUUUACGUUAAUAUUCAAUCUUAGUCAAAUUAUAAUCGAUAUCCUCUAAUUAAAAAAGAGUCAAUGUGACAUUUUUAUGGGGAUAUUGUAACAUAUCUGGAGAUACCAAGACAAAUAUAAAUAAGCUUUGCAUAUCACGGUAAGGUGAACGCGAUCUGCAUAAUCAAAUAUGUUCCCGGUGAAUGUGGGUUAUGCAUUUCAAACAAUACAACAUACCAUUAGGUGUGCUUAGUUUUUUCAGUUGUAGUCAGAAUGGUUUGAAAUGCAAUUUUAGUCUAUUGACAUACCUAACAUUUCGUUUCAUGGAAAUGUUUUAUUGCAUAGCAUACAAUUGGAAUCGGGCCAAAGGCAAACCCCAUGAAAGCUCUAACAUUUAUAGCAAUGUUGGCCAUAUAUCCAUGCAUGCCACCUAUGUAAUAUCGGAUAAAUAGCUAAAAUUGACCUUAUUAUCACUAUCAUUGGUUUGUUGUUUAAGUCUAAAAAGAUAACUUCGAAAAUUCAAGUGUCAUGAAUACUGACGUUAAACAUCGUUUUCAUUUUAUAACACACACUAAAGAAUAUUAGAGCCCUAUAUAAGAGGUAUACACAAUUAUGCUCCAAUUUGAAUUUUUCAAAUUUAGAAUUUUUCGUUUAAUCUGAUUGUUUUAUUUUUUAUUUCAAAAUAAAAUACUAAUGGAAAUCUCCAUUUUAUUGUAAGUUUGGUUCGAAUUUCUUAAGGUUUCAUUUCUAAACAUAGAGUGUUUUUUGCUUAAUGUAUUAAUUUGAAAACUAGAAAUAAUUUUACUUCACAAGACAAGACAUACCCACAUUUUGCUGUGCAUAGGUACAUUUUGAAAAUUAUAGGGGUCAGAAAUUACUGAUUUUUCUAGUUAUGUCCAUAUCAAAACUCUAAUGAAAAUGUGUAUUUAUUGAACGUUUUCAAAAUGAUCCAGAUUAGAAACCAAGCUAUUUAAUAUACUAAAAUGUAAUUGGAGUUUUUAUAUUUCUUUUUCGUCAAUUUCGCUCGGAUGUCUGAGGAAAAGGCAGCGCAAGCAUGUUUUUACAAGUUAUGGGUUAAUCUAUCCCUAAGUUAACUAUACACAACUAUUGGACCAUUUCUAGUAUUUCAAUUAUUAUUUUGACAAAUGCUAUUUGAACACCAACAAAUGUGGGAACUUUUUUUUUUCAGAUAAGAUUAAUAUGUAUUAGAUAUACCUAAAUUCAAAUCUAGUACUUUUUGUCUUUUCUCAGUUUUUUAUGGAACGUUCAGAUGUAUACAUAAAUAUAUUUUGAUAACAUUCGAAUUCUUGUUUCAUCAAUCAAUAUUAUUCAUUUCACAAAUCGAAAUGUUCGGAUUACAGUUACAGCUCAAUUACAAUGCAUACAUUACAAGUAAAAAUUGGUCAAACAAUUACGUCUAUUGCAAAACCGCAAAAGUACGAACGAGUUCAAAUGCAAUCAAAUUCACGCCGUGUGAAGUUCAAUUCAUUUUUUAUUUCUUUUAUUUCUUUCAGUAAAUUAGUCAUUGUUGUUCUUUCGUUAAUCUUUUCGUUCAGGCUUUUAAACAUCCUUUGAGCAAUUACUGAUUCUCCAUUAACGUUUAUUUCUUUUGGUAAAGGUUUAUCAGCGUCCAUGAAAUAUUGAAUCCAGACGGCUAAUGAAAUGUAAUGAAAUAUUGUGAUGAUAUAUAUCCAUAAAUAUUAGAUAUUGUGGUGUUUGUUAUAUUUUCAGCAUUUUGCAUAUUACACCUACCUUGAAAAGAAGCGUAAAUCAUACCAUACAUAUGAAAUAGUUAUUGUAUUUGUGAUGCAAGCCGAGUAUUAUUUCUUUUUAUAUUAAAACACUCAUAACGACGAUGUGUCAACCAAUCAGCCACUAUCUAUAAAAAGAAAGUAUGUCAAUUCAUCUUUUCGAGUUAUUAAAACGUGUCACCCUGUUUCUGAGAUUAAAAAAAGAAAGAAAACAAUCACAGCUCGUUUAGCGUUGAUGAUAUUCGCUUAGUAAAAUAUAAUCAUUAGCAGUACCAAACACAGUCUAUUGUUCAUCUUUUUUAUUAUUUUUUAUUGUUUUUCCCACUUUUUCAGAUCAUAAUAACAUGUAUAACAGUAUACAUGUGAAAAUCUGUAUACAUAUAUUUACCAUUUGUAUAGUGAAUUGACAGUAUUCAACAUUGAAAGAACGAAGAAGUCUAGGAAAGAGCCAGUGCUCUUGAUAUAUAUUUGUUCAUUUCAAUCUCCCUUGGGUUGCUUAUCGUACAGCAUUAUAUUUCUCUCGUAGCUGUUUCAUCAUUCCCAGUCCACUGUAUAUUGUUGUGUAUGUAUGCUGAGCUCUACUAGUAUAUCAACCAAAGAUGAUUGAUUACAAUUAACAUAUGUAAAAAAAGGAAGCAUGUUAUCUUAACAAAAUCACUUUUGACGUGUCGGAAUUUUAAUCCGGUCCAAUCGGUAUGUACUAAUUAUUAUUUAUUAGAAUGUUUUGGGUGUCAUCUAAAUACGUGAUAUAUAAUGUACCUUUCACACGUCAUAAAACCAUGACAGUUAUAACUAAUAAGGAGUAUUACACAAGGCUGUUAGUGUGGGGUCCUUUUGAAAGAAAAAUCAAACACAGAAAUGAUAUAUAUAUAUUAGUUCACUUCUUUUGGACUUAAGUUUGUACUGGGUUUAACUCCUUAAUAUGGACCUACAUAUAUACUGUAUGACAGGUUUAAGUUGAAUGGAACAGAAGCAUACAGAUUAUAAUCAGUCAUCCCCACAGUUAUAGUUCUAAUCAUGUUAUCAUUUCAGUGUGACUAACUAUAAUGUAAAGGUAGAUAUUGUUUGCAUAAAGUAGAUACAUUGUAGUUACUCAUUCAUAACACGACGUGGCCUGAUAUAGAUAAUGGAAUUUGUAAGUUGUAUGCUAAUAUUUAUAUGUAUACAUGUACUAGAAAAACAGCUUUGCUAUGCGAAAAAUAAAGUGAUGUUAAUAAUCAAGUGAUAUCAAAAUUCAUAGUAUCUUCUUGUUUUUAAUUGUCGUUGAUGUAUGAAUGUUUAUGUUUUAGGGAAUCUGU